AUGAAGCAUUUUAUGUUACCAAGAAACCCUAUCUUGCGAGACGGUAGAGAGCCUCACUCGCCGAACCCUAGUAUCUCGAAAUCGAAGCCUCCACGCAAAAUAAGAUCGGCCAAAGAAAAUGCUCCACCGUCUUCGGAUCAGAACUCGUUAACCUCCGAUCAUAGGUCGAGUCCGGCGACGAAAUUGAAGAGCCUGUUGCCUCCGCGACCGCCGUCGUCUAAUCCUCUUAAACGGAAGCUCAUUGCGGAGGCUACGUCGGAAAAAGUCGUGACUGGAUUUUCAGAUUCUGGUGUCAAGAAAUUAGGCAUCGUCGAGGAAAAUCUCUGA